AUGGCAUCCAAACAGAACAAGGAUAACUGGUCCUCAGAGGCCUAUCAAUCCGCAGCCUCCUUCGUCCCCAAGCUGGCAACAAAGAUUGUCCAAUGGCUUGACCCCCAGAAGGACGACGUGGUUCUUGAUAUCGGUUGCGGAGACGGCGUUCUCGACUUCGAGAUUGCACAAGUGUUCGAGGGAGGCAGAGGUCGCUUGCACGGUGUGGACAGCUCCAAAGCCAUGAUUGAGGCUGCUCAGAAGAAGGCGGCAGAUGAUGCGCACUUGAAGAAUACCUGUACCUUUGAGGUCCUCGACGCAACUUCCCUCAUCACCAAAACCCACCUCCACUACGUCCGCUUCAACAAAGCCUUUUCCAACGCCGCUCUCCACUGGAUCCUGCGCCCGGAAGACCAGCGCGAGGUCUUCUUCCAGGGCGUCCGCAACGUGCUUGCCCCCCGCGGCACGUUCGCUUUUGAAAUGGGCGGACUAGGCAACGUGUCGGAGAUCCGGGCCACGCUUUUGGCGGCAGUCGGCAGAAGAGUCGGUUUGAAGAAGGCGCAGGAGGUCGACCCUUGGUUCUUUCCUGAUGAGGAUUGGGUGAAGCAGAUGAUGGAGGAGAAGGUCGGCGGUUGGAAGGUUGAGAAGAUCGAGAGGGAGUGGAGGCCUACGAACGCGGAUGUGGGUGGUGUUGAGGGAUGGGUGAGGUUGAUGGCUGCUCAGUUUUUGCAGGCACUGGGGAGUGAGGAGGAGAAAGAGGAGGUGGUGAAGGAGGUGGUGGAUGUGCUGGAGGUUGUGUGUGCUAAGCCGGGAGGAGGCUGGAUGUAUAGUUAUGUGAGGUUGAGGGUGCUUGCCAGGAAGUUGUGA